CUGACCACCGUUGUCAACAGAAGAAAGCCAAGUUGUGACGUCGUGGGAGUAUUCAUACACCGAGAGCACGUCGCUUUGUGGCACUUCUGAGAUUCUUCUAAUAAUAUAACGUUUCUUAGAAACCUAGUAUAAUCUAACUUGGACAAGAUGAGCAACCUGCUGCGCUUGACGUUGUACACACUGCUCUGUGUUGGGGGUGUUGCAGGUCAAACUUGCCCAGAUGGUAGUAACAUCUCCACCUGCAUCAGCAACAUCAAUACAGCUGCUCACGCUCUCAAUCGCACUUUCUUACCCGACUCGUUCAACCUGACUACGUACUUGAACGUCACUUUCAAUGCACCGGAAGAGGAAUUUGAAGUGUGCUGCAAGACUUUUACCUUUCCGGCUAAGAAUUUUUCGUUGGAUCCUUUGAAUCCUGACCAAAAAGCUGCGCAUACCCAAAGCGCCAACGCUCCAACUUUGUCCUAUGGCUCCGUUUCUGGUAAGCACACACUAGUGAUGGUGGACCCGGACGUUCCCUCUAGUACCGUUGGCACCUUGGCUAAACCCUUACUCCACAUGCUAGUGUUAAACAUCCCAGACGGCAACGUCCCACAGGGCCAGAUCAUCGCGAGAUACAAUGGUCCCAUGCCGCCCGACGCCAGCCCUCAUUAUUAUUUUUUCAUGAUUUUAAGUCAUGUGGCUGAAGUUGACAAUUCUACCAUUCCUCAGUAUAGUAACGGGGGAAAUCUAAGCUGCGGGGUGCCUGGAAGAUGCCUGUUCGAUGUGAAGAAAUUUAUUUCGGACAACUCCAUGUCACUGGUUGGGCUGAGUUGGAUGCGCGUAUCCAAUGACAUCUUCGUUAACUUUAAAAACAUGCAAAGUGGAAGGUUGACUGAAGCUCAGGUCUGCGCAAACGAGCCGACCUACCAGACCCCCUGCCCAGACUGCCUCUGGUCUCAGCAACAUACAUUGGGUGAGCUUGGCACUGCUUCCACUAGUGUCACUCUGGCAUAAGCUCUGAAAACGUGUUCAAACAACAAUUGCAGUGUUCUCUUUAUUAUAAUACUCCUCUUUUCUUUGGCAUUAUCGUCAUGAGAAUAGUAAUCUGUAGUUUUGUGGCAACGAUUUACUAGAAUGAUAAUUUCAUUUGCUGUCUCCAACUGAGCCUCGUGAUCAGUCUUCGAUAUCCAUGUUACGAUUGCUUUGUUUGGGUUUCUUUAAUUUGAGAUUAAAUGAAAAGCAUAUUAAUGAUAGAUAUUCCUCGACUUCAAGCACUAUUUACGCGAUUGUAGGAUCGUGAUGUAAGACGUUUAGUUUUCUUUUAGAAGUUCUGCGUCCGCAAGUUCAUUUUUAGACUGCAGAUGUUUACAAUCCGUGGUCAAGUGCAACUUUCAGUUUUAUACCGCUUUGUAAAGAGUUACCGAUGAAAGCAAUUUUAACAACAACCAUUUCUUCAUCCAUUAUUUUUGUAAAGGGUGGAAAAACAUUUGUUUAACUUUAUAGUGUUUUUGUUGUAAUAUGUUAGCAGAAUAAACAACCUUUUUCUUCAUGUGAUAA